AUGGCCUGGCGCAGUUCCUCCGGCUCCAAUCGGGGUCUCAUUGAGAAUCUCUACAGAAACGGCCUCAUCAAGGACACCCGAGUCCGCGAUGCCUUUCUCACGGUCGACCGCGCGCACUACGCCCCCUCCAUCCCCUACGACGACUCCCCGCAGCCGAUCGGGCACCACGCGACCAUCUCGGCGCCGCACAUGCACGCCAACGCCGUCGAGGCGCUACUCCCCUACAUCCUGCCCUCGGACGCCCACCCAACCCCGCGUGUGCUCGACGUCGGCUCCGGCUCGGGCUACCUCACCCACGUCAUGGCCGAGCUGGUCGGGCCCAACGGGGUGGUGGUCGGGGUGGAGCAUAUCGAGCCGCUGAAGGAGUUGGGGGAGGGGAAUAUGGCGAAGUCGAAGGAGGGGCGGGCGUUUUUGGAGGCCGGGAGGGCGCGGUUUAGGGUGGGUGAUGGGAGGAAGGGGUGGGUGGAGGAGGGGGAGGAGUCGGAGAAGUGGGAUGCGAUUCAUGUGGGUGCGGCCGCGGCCGAGGUGCAUGCACAGAUGCUGGAGCAGUUGAAUGCGCCGGGGAGGAUGUUUAUUCCGGUGGAUGAUGAUAUCAGCCAGCUGGGGCAGCAUAUUUGGUGGGUGGAUAAGGAUAAGGACGGGAAGGUGACUAAGACGAAGCAUUAUCCGGUCAGGUAUGUGCCGUUGACGGAUGCGCCGAAGAAGUAA